AUGGGAUCAAAUGAAUUCGAAAGCCUCUGGCUUUUCGCCAUAGCUUCAAAAUGCAAAUCUUUCACUUACAUAAACUCCAUAACCUUCGCAUUUCUUCUUCUUCUCGCAUGGCUAUGCAUGAACUUGAUUUUCUGGGCACACCCCGGUGGCCCAGCUUGGGGUAAAUACAAAUGGCGAAAACUCACUGGUACAAAGCCGAUACCCGGCCCGAAUGGUAUCCCAAUUAUUGGAAGCAUGAAACUCAUGAUGGGUUUAGCACACCAUAAACUUGCAGCCAUGGCGGAAUUUUGCAAAGCCAAGCGUCUAAUGGCUUUCAGCCUCGGCGAAACACGCGUAAUUGUUACGUGCAAUCCCGAUGUUGCGAAAGAAAUACUGAAUAGUUCAACUUUUGCUGAUCGUCCGACGAAGGAAUCAGCCUAUAAUCUUAUGUUCAAUAGAGCCAUCGGGUUCGCCACCUACGGUGUUUACUGGCGGAGCCUCCGUAGAAUCUCCGCUGCCCACCUGUUUUGUCCGAAGCAAAUUAAGGCUUCGGAGUUUCAAAGGUCGGAGAUCGCUAAUCAGCUGGUGGCAAUGUUUCGGGCUGAAAAGGGUGAGAUUUGGGCCCGGGAUGCACUGAAACGGGCUUCUCUUAGCAACAUGAUGUGCUCUGUCUUUGGUAAGAAUUACAAGCUGGAUUCUUACAAUUAUGAAACAAAUGAAUUGCAGAAAUUGGUGGAUGAAGGGUAUGAUUUGCUGGGUACGACGAAUUGGUCUGAUCAUCUUCCUUGUUUGUCUGAUUUCGACAUCCAAAAGAUUCGGUUAAGAUGCUUCAACCUCGUACCCAAAGUGAACCAGUUUGUCGGCCGCAUUAUCGAAGAACACAAGGCGGAAUCCGGAGAGCUUGGUCGUGAUUUUGUUGAUGUUUUGCUGUCUCUUCAAGGGCCUGAUAGAUUGUCGGAAUCCGACAUGAUCGCCGUUCUUUGGGAAAUGAUAUUUAGGGGUACUGAUACUGUGGCAGUUUUGAUAGAGUGGAUAUUGGCAAGAUUGAUGUUGAGGCCCGAUAUCCAAUCAAAGGUCCACAGUGAGUUGGACAAGGUUGUUGGAAGUUCACGUGCCGUGACGGAGACCGAUUUGGUGGAAUUGGUAUAUUUGGCGGCGGUGAUAAAGGAAGUGUUGAGGUUGCAUCCACCGGGUCCACUUCUAUCUUGGGCUCGAUUAGCGAUAACUGACUCAGUGAUCGAUGGAUAUCGCGUACCAGCCGGGACCACAGCAAUGGUUAACAUGCUUGCACCAUUUGGGUCUGGUCGAAGGUCUUGCCCUGGUAAGACGUUGGCUCUAACCACUGUCACGUUCUGGAUCGCAUCACUGUUGCAUGAAUUCGAGUUUGAGCCUUGUGGCCAAGUUGACUUAUCUGAGGUGCUAAGGCUUUCUUGUGAAAUGGCCAAUCCAUUGAUGGUUAGGGUACGAUCCAAGUGA